CGCGCGCGCGGCGCCGGGGACAGCGGCCCUGCCCCUCCCGGCCGGGGCCCGGGGACCGUGCUGGGCGGGAGCUUCGGGAGCCGGCGCACGGGACUCGAACCCCAAGGGCUCCCGCCGCCAGGUCCACGUGGACCCUGGGCCGCAGUGGAACUGGAGCCCGCCCCCCGCGCCUGGGGGAGGGGGCGCUGCAGCCGGGUUCCCCUUUUUCUGGAGCUCAAAGCCUGGGGAAGUGAUUGCUCAAAGGUGGGGGCCGGAAGAACCCAGGUUUCCGCGUCUCCCUCCCCCUCUCAGCCCGGUGAGGAGGGACCGGGGCGGGACACCCUGUCCGCCCCCGCCCCCACCCCGCUGGAUCUGGCAGCCACUCAGCCCUUCGAGCUGUAGGGGAGGCGCUGCGCCCCCAGCCCCAGCCGAUCGGGGGCUCCUGGCGCUAGCCUCCCUCCAGAGCGCCGCAGGAGUCCCUCCUGCCGUCUGACUUGAGUCCCUGCUGCUGCAGUGCACGCCCCUUCGGCAGCCAGGGUGGGGCCCAGACCCAACCUGGCCCCUCCUGCCCCCACCCCGCCUUUGGGUUGCUGACCCCCAGGCUGUGGUGAGGGUCUGAGAGCUGGUACCACGGAGCCUGGGCAACCUCCUCCACCCACCCAUGCCCACCCCACAUGAGGCUGAGAAGCAGAUCACAGGGCCAGAGGAGGCGGACCGGCCCCCUUCAAUGUCCAGUCAUGAUGCAGCCUCUCCAGCGGCUCCCAGCCGCAACCCCUGCUGCCUGUGCUGGUGCUGCUGCUGUAGCUGCUCCUGGAACCAACAGCGGCGGCGCGCGUGGCAGGCCUCCCGGGAGAGCAAGCUGCAGCCCCUCCCCAGCUGUGAAGUAUGUGCCACGCCAAGUCCUGAGGAUGUGCAGAGCUGGGCGCAGUCUUUUGACAAGCUGAUGCACAGCCCAGCGGGACGCAGCGUGUUCCGGGCGUUCCUGCGGACAGAGUACAGCGAGGAGAACAUGCUCUUCUGGCUGGCCUGUGAGGAGCUGAAGGCCGAGGCCAACCAGCAUGUGGUGGACGAGAAGGCGAGGCUCAUCUACGAGGACUACGUGUCCAUCCUGUCCCCCAAGGAGGUGAGCCUGGACUCCCGUGUGCGGGAGGGCAUCAACAAGAAGAUGCAGGAGCCGUCCGCGCACACGUUUGACGACGCACAGCUGCAGAUCUACACGCUCAUGCACCGGGACUCAUACCCACGCUUCCUCAGCUCUCCCACCUACCGUGCCCUGCUGCUGCAGGGGCCCUCACAGUCCUCCUCCGAGGCCUAGGCCGCCCCCAGCAGCACAGACCCUGCCGCCUCCUAUGGCCGACUCUGGGUUCCCUUCAGGUGUUGGUAUCGGCAGGGCUGUCGGGGCGCACACCUGCAAGCCCAGCCUGGCCGGCUGGGAUCCCCACCCGCGGAGACGGUCCUAGACCCAGUGGGGAGUGCUGUGUCUCCUGGCUCUGCCCACCCGUGGCCAAGCAGGAACUCCAGGUGCAGGGCGGGCCAGAAGCCCCCUCAUCGGCCCGCAGCUGGCUGGCCCAGUGCUCCUGGCUGGGGGCUCUUGCGUGGUGAGAGUAGGGGUCCUCCCAGGAGCCAUGCUGGACCCAUGAGCCUCGCUGGGGCUUCCUCCCCAGGCAGCCAAUGGGCCCCAGACAAGCCUUUGGUGGGGAACAGAACCUCCGCAUCGUGUAGUUUUGUGACAUAAGGAGACCUCCUACUUGAGCUGUCUGUACCCCAGAAUCAAACCCAGAACCUCAGAACCAGAUGUAGGACCUCAGAAUCCUGCACUCAAGGUGGCAGGACCCAAUUUCUGUUUUAUAUGUUCGUGAACUUUAACCCUGGAAACAUGUCCUUACUAGGUGUUUUAUCAAAAAAAAGGUUUCAUAUUUAUCUCUAUCCCUAACCCCCCAAAACUAGGAUGUCUUAUUAUUGAAGAUAUUUUUAAAGCAAA